AUGUCAUCUGAUUCUUCUUCGUCGGAGGAUUUAAAUUAUCCUACUUCUUCCGAUGAAUCCACGGGUAGUUCUUUGCAAUUUUUGCUUAAAGCACAUAAAUAUCUUCAAGACACCGCAAGCUCUAGUGAAUUCCGACCCCAUCAAAGUAUAGAUCGCCGGCGUGAUAUUGGUCUUCAAACUCUAAUGAUCGAUUGGUUUGUUGAAGAACCAAAGUAUGAGGACGCUUAUUUUCGUCGCAAGUUUCGUAUGGAUAAAAGUAUGUUUUUAUCCAUAGUAGACGACAUUGAAGCAAACUUCCCAUAUUUUCAAGAAGGAUACGACGCUCGAGGCAAGAGAAGUUUCUUGACUUUACAAAAGAUCACGUCGGCGGUAAGACAACUUGCAACAGGCAACGCACCCGAUGAGUAUGACUAG